AUGACAGUAUCGUUAUUGGCCAAAAAAUAUGGUAUUUCAAAAUCAACUGUUUGUUUAAUAAAAAAGAAAAAAGAUGACAUUUUAGAAGCUGUAGACAAUAUGUUAAAUCCUUCUAAAAGACGUACCUUGAAGGUAUCUGUAUACAAAUUAAUGGAAAAAGAACUUUACAAAUGGUUUCUUAAACAAAGAGAGCGUAAUUUAGCUUAUUUAUUUAAAGCACAUAAGUUUAAUUUAUGUGGAAACGAAACAUUUACAGCUAGUGAUGAUUGGAUGCAGAGAUUUAAGACCCGUUAUGGCAUUCGAUUUCUAAAAAUAACGGGAGAAAAAUUAUCUUCUCAGCCGGAAUUGGUCGACCCAUUUAAACAGAAAUUAUACAGAAUUACACAAGAACUAAAUUUAAGUCACCAACAAAUAUAUAAUGCAGAUGAGACGGGAUUAAUUUGGAAACUCCUUCCCGAAAAGACUUACGUUUCUUUAUCAGAAAAAACAGCCCCAGGGUUAAAAAUUGCAAAGCAAAAAUUAACUUUCUUAGGCUGCACAAAUGCUACAGUCCAACAUAAAUUGACACCUCUUAUUAUUGGAAAAUCUAGGAACCCGAGAGCAUUAAGUAAAUUCCAAAAUCCUGUGAAUUACAAACAUUCAAUAAAUGCAUGGAUGACUUGUGAAAUCUUUAAGGAGUGGUUUUUUGAGAAUUUUGUCCCUGAGAUAAAGAAGUUUUUAAAAUCCCAUGGGUUGCCUCCAAGAGCCAUUCUUCUACUAGAUCAUGCUCCUAGUCACCCACCAAAAGAGAAGCUAAGAACAGCCGAUGGAAUGAUAUUCGUAAUAUUCAUGCCUCCCAAUGUCACACCAUUAAUACAACCGCUAGAUCAGAACGUUUGA